GGCCAAUGAGAAUAUGCCAUGUGAUAAGUGCGGUCUGCUACUUGCAAUGUGUCGGCAUCAAAAUAUCAAAACAUGACUUCGUCUCUUAGAUUACCAGUGAUGACUUCUGCUGGCAGCAAAUUCAGAGCAGUGAGACAAGUGUUAUUGCACGACAGGGGAAGGAUGACACUACGUAAGCAGACCAACUGUGGCUUUUGUUGCCUGUCAUGUCACAAAGAAAGGUACUUGAAACAAGCCAGCACAGAACUAAGAAGUUUUAGAUACCCUGUUAAACAAACUUUUCCCUGGUUCUGGCAGUAUAGAGACAAAACCUCAGGAGCUGAUGAUGCUACAUCAGAGGAAUUAACAGAACUGUCAUAUAAUCAUAUAGCAGAUGAAACUCUUCAUUCCUUGACAGAGUUUUUAGACGAAUUGUCAGAAAGUGGAUUUACUCAUCCAGAUUAUGAUGUUGGCUUUAAUAAUGGAGUACUGACGAUAAACAUGGGAGACCGUAUCGGUACUUAUGUGAUCAAUAAACAAACUCCAAACAAGCAAAUAUGGCUUUCUUCACCUUCAAGUGGCCCUAAAAGAUACGACCUUGUCAAUGGAGUCUGGAUAUACAAACAUGAUGGCAUAAGUCUACAUGAACUGUUAAGCAAAGAAUUUUCUGCAGCACUAGAGACAGAGGUGGACUUCUCAAGCUGUGCAUUUUCUAAAACAUCUGAUGGAUGAUGAAAAUUUGUUGCACCUUCUUUGAGACACUGGAUAGAGAUUAAAUUCAGGUUGAUUUUGCCAAACUUAUCUUUUGUCUUCAUUCUUCAUACAAUAGGUAUAUGAUGAAUGUCAGUGGUCUUUGUAAAAUUGAAAUGGCACUUUCACUUGGAUUUUUUGUGUCGUUGUUAAUUUUGGUUCCUUUUUUUGUUUGAGAAAAUUGAGUAGAAG